AUGGAUGUAAAAAACUGCGUAGACGAAUAUUAUCAUCCAACAAUGGAUCUUAUAUACACAGAAAAUAAUAUACCAGGACCAGGAAUAGAUUUUAUUGAAUUUGAAUCGGAAUUCAUUAAUGGAUGUUCAUGUGAAACAUUGUGUUUAAAUUGUUCCUGUGCAUUUGGAAAUAAAAAUUAUAAAAAUGGCUGUAUUGAAGAAAAAAUAGGACCAAUAAUUGAAUGUAAUUCCCAUUGUCAUUGUAAUGAAAAUUGUGGCAAUAGAUUAGUUCAAAAAGGUCCAUUAAAUUGUCUCAAUAUUAUCAAGACAGAGGGACGUGGUUUUGGUCUUUCAACAUCUGAAUUCAUUAAAAAAGGACAAUUUGUCUGUGAAUAUGCGGGUGAAGUUAUUGAUAUUGAAGAAGCUAAAAAGAGAUUUGAAAGAAAUGAAAAAGGCGUCAACUAUGUUUUAAUUGUUAAUGAACAUAUCGGUGAGAAAAUAAUAAAAACGUGUAUUGAUCCAAGUUUAAUUGGAAAUAUUGGUCGCUACUGCAAUCACAGCUGUGAAUCGAAUUGUCGUCUUGUUCCUGUACGUGUGGAAAAAGCUUCACCUCGUAUAUGUUUAUUUGCACGUAGGAAUAUUGAAUCAGGUGAAGAGAUAACAUUUAAUUAUGCGGAAGGAGUUGAUAUCUCCGUCCAUAAUAUUAGCGAAACACCUUGCCUUUGUGGUUCGAGUAAUUGCCUUCGUUAUUUGCCCCAUAAUUCAGUUUAAAAAACUUUCAAUUAUAUAUUCAUUUAACAGAAAUUUUCUUUUUUAUUUAGAAUAUUUUAUAUUUUUUUUUUUAUAUAUAUAUUUUUGACAAAAGAUUCUUGCCUUUUUCGUAGAAAAAAAAAUGCCUUAGCCGUUUUAAAUUUGAAAAAUGUAAAAUUAAUUAUAAAAUACAGUGUAUAGAAUUCAAUCUACUGACGCAAUUGUAAAGUUCUUGUAAAAAGGAAAUUUAUAUUUGAACUUCGAAAAAAAACGUUGGUCUGUAAAUUUAAAAUUAUUUAUUCAUAUUUAAAUUUGUGUAUAUUUUGAAAGUUUCUUUUUAAUAGAUAUGCGCUAAUUCCAAUUCAUUUAGUAUAAGUGAGAAUAGGGUAUAAAGUAUCUAUUUGUUUAGUAAAAAAAUAUUUUAAAAAAUAAACAAAUUUUAAACAAAAAAAGAAAAUGUUUAUAAAAUUGUUUAUAAGGUAAAUGCAACUCUAUUAAAUAAUUGAAUAAGUAUUUUUAAACAUUUCUUUCAAAUUUUAUUGCAUUUAUCUUUCCGGUAGAAAGAAAAAAAAAAAAAAAUAGAAAAAUAUAUUUUUCAAUAAGAAAUUAAAAUUUAAUUUUAUCUUUCUCACCGAAUUCAUAAUUUAAUAAAGUCUGGUUACACUUUUACUUUAUAUUUUUUACAUUAAAUUUUUAAAAAGUAAUUUAAUUAUCCAUUUAAGUGAAUUUUAAACUAUUUUUAUGUGUAUACAGAAAUAAAAAAAAAUAUUUUCUAUAUUUAUAUAUAAUAUAUAUAUUAUAUAUAUUUGUAAUAGGAACAAAAUUGUAAUAGCAACGAAAAUUUUCUUUAAGAACGCUUAAUUCUUUAUUAAAUUAUAAUUUAACUAAUUUAAAAUAUUCAAAUGUGAUUACUGAAAAUGUAACACAUUUUAUUUUCGAAUAAAUAAUAGAUUAAACGAUAAUUAUUUCGAAAAAAAAAAGUAAAUUA